GCCUCUUCCCUCGAAUAUGCUUCUUCGCUUCCUUUUCUUCAAUGGCAUGACCAUCUCGUCCUCCUCCUUCCCCAACCUCAUCUCAUCUACUACUCUCCUGAGAUCUUCCUCUUCUUCGCCUUCUUCUUAUCUGCAAUUCCGUCGCGGCGAUGUAUUCUCAUUCCCGUGUCCUCAGCCACCACUAUCUCCUUCUCGCAUCGCACAAACACUUCUCUCGCGCUAUAGCUUCUCAAGGUCAAUCUUCUUCGUUCGUUCGUUACAGCUGUUCCCAUUCCUGUUCCCCUCGGUUGAAUCCAUUGAUUAUUCAACAAUAUAGAUGCUGUGGUCAAUGUAGUGUUCUUACUAGAGCCUUUGGUGAGGAUUCAUUUGACUUACCAUUGCUUGACGAAUGGGAUCUUGAUGGGAACUCUUCUGGAUAUUUCCUCUCAUCCAGUGAUGGUGAGGAUAGUGAUGGAGAAAUAGUUCUUGCUCCAGUGAAUGAUGUUGAUUUACCUUCCAUUUCUGUGUCAAAUAAUGAUGCUUUAACAGUGACCGCUCAUCGACUUGCAACUCUUGGGAGGGGACGCAGGAGACAUAGGAAAAAAUUUGGCAUUAUAAUUAGUUUUGGCCUCAUAAUCUUCUCGACAAUGCUGCUUUUAUACAUUGAUUGGUGUGCUUGGAGAAUUGUUAGGCUACCCUUGCCCCCCUUUUACAUGACCCGUCCAUUUCUUAUAUCAGCCUUUUUGGCGGCUUUUGUUGGCUACAUUUGCAUCCCAUUUUUUCAAAUUUUUGAAUUUAUACAAGUAUUUAAGAAAGAAGGGCCUGUUAGGCAUCUGUUGAAAAAGAGUGUGCCCACAUUGGGGGGUUUGCUAUUUGUACCAAUAGGAAUAUUUGUUACUAGAGCGCUUGGUGGUUUCUCCUCUGUUGAAGUGUUAGGGGCAGCUGGUGCAACUCUGGCAUUUGCAGCAAUUGGUUUACUUGAUGAUAUAUUCAGCCUCACUACAAAACAAAAGAGAGGUUUACCUGGAUGGGCAAAAGUUCUUUUGGAGGCUGCUGUUGGAACGUCAUUCUCAAUUUGGUUGGAUAUCUCUAGCAUAUCAUCGCCCUACGGCAUGAAGAUGCUGGUUCCUCUACCACUUGGCCUUGUGUACUUGGGACAAUAUUAUCGACUUUUGACUUCAUUUUCUUUUGUUUCCAUGGGACAUGGUGUUGAAAUAACCAAUGGUCUUGAUGGACUAGCCAGUGGUAUUGCUGCAUUGGCAUUCAUUGGAAUGUCGAUUGCUGUGCUUCCAAUAUGUUCUGGUCUUGCUAUCUUUGGUGCUUCAAUGGCUGGAUCUUGUGUUGGAUUUCUCCUUCAUAACAGAUACAAGGCAUCUGUUUAUAUGGGUGAUAUUGGCUCUUUGGCACUUGGUGGUGCAUUAGCUUCAAUGGCUGCAUGUACUGGAAUGUUCCUUCCACUACUCAUUUCUUCCGGAGUUUUUGUUGUUGAAGCAUCAUCUGUUGUGAUUCAGGCGAUCUACUUCAGUAUAACUAAAGGUUUGCAGCGACUAAGGCGCUACUUCUUGCAUAUGGCUCCCAUCCAUCGCCAUCUCCAACUAUCUGGGUUCGGGGAACCGACUAUUGUUGCAGGUGCAUAUAUUAUAUCUUCACUACUAGCUUUGCUUGCUGGCUAUGUCGGUCUGGUUUCAGCUUAACAUCCUUAGAAGCUUAUACGCUCAUCUCUGUUAUAGUAAUCUGCAUUCUUUUAUUCAUUGCACACACGCAUAGAAAGAGUGGUCAAGGUUCCAUAGUUACGUCGUCUUCUUCUUUUCGGGUAAUGAGUUCCAUAGUUACUGUCUCACAAAACUAUUAGCAAGAUUAUCAAAUUUUGGUGAGUCUUGUAAUUCUGUAAGAGGUUUGUAUUUAAAAAAAAAAAAAUCCACAAGAGAAGCCAUAUUUCCACUUUCUAUUUAAUAA